CCGUGGAGCCUGAGCGGCGGCUGCGCAUUCCCGCGGGGGGAGGGCAUCGGGGGCAUCGGUCGGGGGCACCGGAGCCUCACCUGGACGAUCGGUCGGCUCUGUGUCCCAGUUGGUGGUUGGCCCGCGGCGAUGCCUGCCCAGUCCUCAGCCCCCAUUGAGGCUCCACCCACGCCCUCUCCAGAAGCCCAGGAGACUGAAGCAGUUCCAACCAAGGAGGAUGGAGGGAACGAGGGGCCGGAGGAGACAGGGGCCCCCAGUCUGCCCCAGCAGAAGUCCUGGCUGGUGCGACAUUUCUCCCUGCUGCUGCGGCGCGACAGGCAGGCCCAGAAGGCCGGUCAGCUCUUCUCGGGGCUCCUGGCCCUCAACGUGCUGUUCCUGGGCGGGGCCUUCAUCUGCAGCAUGAUCUUCAACAACGUGGCGGUCACUCUGGGUGACGUGUGGAUCCUGCUGGCCGUGUUGAAGGUCCUGUCCCUCCUCUGGCUCCUCUACUACACUGCUGGCACCACGCGGAGGCCCCACGCAGUGCUCCACCGUGACCCUCACGCGGGACCCAUUUGGGUUCGGGGCUCCCUGGUGCUUUUCGGCAGCUGCACUAUCUGCCUCAACAUCUUCCGCAUGGGCUACGACGUGAGCCACAUCCACUGCAAGUCAGAGCUGGAGCUCAUCUUCCCCGUCAUCGAGAUCAUGUUCAUGGGCGUCCAGACGGGGGUGCUUUGGAAACACUGUAAGGACUGCGUUCAGGUGCAGACCAACCUCACUAGGUGUGGCCUGAUGCUGACCCUGGCCACAAACCUGCUGCUGUGGGUUCUGGCUGUGACCAAUGACUCCAUGCACCGCGAGAUUGAGGCUGAACUCAGCGCCCUCAUGGAGAAGUUCUCAGGCAACGGGACCAACACCUGCCUGUGCCUCAACGCCACCGUGUGUGAGGUCUUCCGGAAGGGCUACCUGAUGCUCUACCCCUUCAGCACUGAGUACUGCCUCAUCUGCUGCGCGGUGCUCUUUGUCAUGUGGAAGAACGUGGGCCGCCGCCUGGCAGCCCACGCGGGCCCCCACCCCAGCACCCGACCCUUCCACCUGCACGGAGCCAUCUUUGGGCCGCUGCUGGGCCUGCUGGCACUAGUGGCAGGCGUGUGCGUCUUCGUGCUCUUCCAGAUCGAGGCCAGCGGCCCUGCCAUCGCCCGCCAGUACUUCACCCUGUACUAUGCCUUCUAUGUGGCUGUGCUGCCCACCAUGAGCCUGGCGUGCCUGGCGGGCACGGCCAUCCAUGGGCUGGAGGAGCGUGAGCUGGACACGCUUAAGAACCCCACCCGCAGCCUGGACGUGGUGCUGCUGAUGGGCGCUGCGCUGGGCCAGGUGGGCAUUGCCUACUUCUCCAUCGUGGCCAUUGUGGCCACUCACCCGCAAGAGCUGCUCAACCGGCUCAUCCUGGCCUACUCGUUGCUGCUCAUCCUGCAGCACAUCGCCCAGAAUCUCUUCAUCAUUGAGGGCCUGCACCGCCGUCCGCUCUGGGAGGUGCCUCCCCAGGGCCUGGCGGUGAAGUGGGAGGCUGAGCCUCCCCGCAGGGGCUCCCUGCUGGAGUUGGGCCAGGACCUGCGGAGGGCCUCCCUGGCCUAUAUCCACUCCUACAGCCACCUCAACUGGAAGCGUAGGAUGCUCAAGGAGAUCUCGCUCUUCCUCAUCCUCUGCAAUAUCACACUAUGGAUGAUGCCUGCAUUUGGCAUACACCCGGAAUUUGAGAACGGGCUGGAAAAGGAUUUCUAUGGCUACCGGACGUGGUUCACCAUUGUCAACUUUGGCCUGCCUCUGGGGGUCUUCUACCGCAUGCACUCUGUGGGAGGGCUGGUGGAGGUUUACUUAGGGGCCUGAGGCUGCCCCAGGAACCCACCUCAGCAGAACCAUGAAGUGCCAAGGCUGGGGAGACAGCAACCUGGAGUCUCUGAGAAGGUGCUUCAUUCCAAGGUGCAGAAACCAGCCUGGGGCUCCCAAAGCCUUCCCCUCUCCAAGCCUUGCUGACAGGAAAGGUGCUGCCUAUAGCUCAAGACCAAGCGCAGGUAUGGACACUGAUCUUCAGAGGCCCAUGUCCAGGUCUGCACACAUGGCUGCCCCUGCCUCACCACACAGUCCCUGCAGCCAAGGGUGCUCCCCAGGAGGCUGGCGAGGGCCCCACGCUACACUUGAGAAGGGCCAGUCCUAAAUAACACAGUCUGGGGGCUUUGGAGAGGGUCACCCCUCCCCAGCCAGGCCUCCAGGAGUCUGCUUCCUCCCAUGGGAGGGGCACACAGCCUGAGCGGGACCCAGGACAUCCCGGAAACUCAGAGCUCCGCAGGUAGCCCUGCCCCUCCCCACACACCCUGCCUCCUAAUGAGCUCAUUAAUUAGCUGCCAGGUGGGGUUGGAUAGCUCUCUCCUGCUGCCAUAA